GCUUAGUAGUUAUUUAGUUGUUGCCACGAAAUGCUGCGCUUCAGAAAUAAGUGAAAAUCGUAGAGAAUUUCUAGAAUUAAAUACUUAGUACUUAUUAUGCAUAUGCAGACCCCCAAAUUGGUAUUUAGUGGUGGUGAAAUUGACGUCGACGAAAGUUUUUUGUUUGUCACAUUUCGUUGUGUGCUUUUAGGCGUGUAAAGUGAGAAACUUUCUGCAAACAAGAAGUAUGCAAAAGCGAGCAAGCACUUCCGCAAAUUAUUGUAUACAAAGUUUUUCGGUCAAUAUAUCAAUUAUUAGCACUCCUUAAAAGUGUAUACACAAAUGCAUACAUACGUAGGUAUGUGAGUAGAAGAAUUUCAUUGUGUACACAAAAUAAAGCAAGAACUAUGGCAGUGUGAUGCACAAAAACGGCAACAAUUAUUAAAUUUGAAUUCGUACAACUUCUACACUAACAAUUUCACACACAUAUGCAUAACAUUGCUUGCAACAUCACCUGACCUGUCGGGUGUGAAUAAGGCUUCGAGGAAUUGGCAGUGGCAACUAGCAGAAACAAGUAAUAUAGAGCAAUUGUAGUAAACUGAGUGACUAAGUGUGCUUACACUUACUUACAUAUAUACAGUUAUGUUUACAUAAGUGUGUGUUGUAAGUGUGCGCUCUUCCGCUUCCACUAAGCGUCAAGAUGACACUGAAAUGAAAAGGAUCAUGACCCACUUUUGAUAAGCGCGAAAGAAAAGGCAAACAAAUUGACAGUAAAGAUAAUAAAAAAACAAAAACAAUCAAAUGAUAUUUUGAAGUCUAAAGAAUAAGAAAGUGGAAAAUUCAAAAUCCUGGUAAAGUGGCACAACAGUAGUGAAAAAAAUAAUUAAAAUGUAGAUUUCACUAACAGUAAAUUAAACUUACACUUGUUAAUCUCCCACCAAAUGCCAAAAAGCAAAAACAAAAGAAAUUAUAAAUGAAAAUAUUUUAGCAAAUAAUUAUUUUAAUUAAUUGAAAUUAUACGGCAAAACUUACAGAAAGUACAAAACUCACUCGAAAAAACAAAAAAAAAAAACUAAAUUAAACCUACACCGUCAGAGUCACCCUUUGGUGGAGCCGUGAAUCCUUUUUGAUUGUGCAACGAAGCCACUGCAAUGCAUAGAGUAAUUACAGUUUCGAAUCCAUAUUAGUGCAGCUAAUUAUACAUAAGCCAACCGCAAUUAAAAGUAACAACAAUAACAACAUAAAAUGCUGUAGUGCAACUGCUCGCUUGUCACGCUAGCACAUGGAAAGGCAGCCGAUCAAAUAAAAUUUGUUGCUCCUUCGAGUUGGUUCCGGUGCCGGUUUUAGCACGCAAGUUCGGCUUAUUUAAGCACACAAACAUCCACUCAUAUAUAAGUGCAUAUACAUACAUAUAUAUAGUUAUAUUUUGGUGGUAAACUUAUACGCUUCCGAUUAUGCUGCCUUGGUGGUGUUGCUUGCUGAUUACUGGGCUGGUGCUCUAUGCCCUCUUCGAACUUCAUUACUUCCUGCGAAUGUGCCUUUGUGUGAUUCUGGCGCGCUUCGUCAAGCGAAAGUGCCAUAUUUUGGAGACGACCACAGUUGGCGGUCUCUGCCUCACCAACGACAUCGAUUGGCUGCUCUAUCACAUGAACAAUGCGCGCUAUUUGCGCGAACUGGAUUUUGCCCGCGUGGAUUUCUACGAGCGCACAGAUUUGUACCGCACCAUAAAACGGAAGGGUGGCUCAGUUUUUCAGGGGGCAGCCACCAUACGUUAUCGGCGAUUUAUCAGACCCUAUCACCGUUUUCACAUACAAUCGCGUAUCAUCUACUGGGACGAUCAGUCCGUUUACAUGGAGCAUCGUUUCGUGCGGCCCUCCGAUCAAUUUGUGCACGCCAUUGCAAUUUGCCGGCAACGCAUUGUCGAUUGCUCCGCGGAGGAGGUGAUGAAUGACCUGCUGGCACCCAAAAGUAUGCAACUGCAAGCGUCGCACAACACGGUGAGCUCCACAGUGAGCCUGGACAAUAGUGCGGUGACCACAACAAAUCUGGAUGUGGCUGAGAAUGGGCAGACGCGCGUCAAGUUGAAACCCGAUGUGCCGCCAGAGAUACAGAAGUGGAUUGAGUACAAUGAUUUGUCAAGCAAAAAUUUACGCUCGAAUUGCUGAUAGUUGCGGUUGAACGAAAUACCGAGCUCUUUGCUUAUGAUUAUGAAUGUCUAAAUACUCGAGUAAAACCCCAUACAUACAUAUGUACAUAGAUGCAUAUGUAACUGCACUUAUUAUAUAGCAAGAAUAUGCCUAGAUGAAAGAAUUAUUUAUUUUUUGAGCUCAUUAAGAAAAAUAUUUAAUUAAGUUUUAGUUAAUUAUUUUUUUAUAGCCGAAUUAUAUGUGAAGCGCUAAAGCGAUGUAGCUGUGUAUGCCAAUCUCUAAUAUAAUCUACCUUUACUACUUGUAUGUGUAAAUGUAUGCAAAAAAAUACAAGUAAAUUUGUAGAACAUAA